UGUAAAAGAAAAGAAAAGAAAUCUCGUCUCGGUUCCCUGUGCACUCACUGCACGUUUCUGUUCUUCUGUGCAGUGCGUGUCUGAGUCUCGACACAGAGCAUGGGUCCUUUGUCUUUGAACCCCUCUUCGUCUCUUUAAACUUCUCUCUUUUUUUUCUCUAUGCAUUUUUCUUAAGUACCAAGCCAUGGCUGAUCUCUAAAUCUUGCCGUGUUUUCACUUUUUGGUGUUUUGGGGUGUUCCAAUUUUUUCCGUUUUAUAAGUUUUCUUUGUUAGUGAAACGUUAAUGGAGGCAAAGGGUCACCUAAUCCAAUAGUGACUUCUUAAAACCGACUGCAAAGCUUGAAACUUUGAGUCUAUUGAGUAUUGAUCCUCAAAGCUUGAAACUUUGAGCCUGUUAACGCUCUUUACAGAGCCUUAACUCCAAGUUUUAGCUUCUGGGUCUUUCAAAAUGUCAUCAUUAGAGAUGUCUCAUAUCGAUUUAGAGCAAGGAACUCACCGCCGGAACGUGAGUGACGUUAGCGUCGGCGAGGCUAGCAUUUGCUUCUCGGACGCCGACGAGGGUUCUUGCUACUCUCAGUUUUAUUCUACUACAGGUGGUUCUUACGAUGAGUUCAGCUUUGCUUGCGCUUCUGAUGGAGAGAUUGGUGACGUGUUGGAUUCCAGGAGGGUGUCUUCACCCUCGGAUUGUUCAGUGGAGGUGGAGAUUGAGAGGGGAGUUCCUGAAAUUAAGGUGCAUUUGGCCAAAGUUGAGAAAGAUUGUAGAAUUUGUCAUUUGGGUUUGGAAAGUAACAGUCAUGAAUCUGGUGUUCCUAUUGUGUUGGGUUGUUCUUGUAAGGGUGAUCUUGCUACUGCUCAUAAACAGUGUGCUGAGGCAUGGUUUAAGAUCAGAGGAAAUAAGAACUGUGAGAUUUGUCAUUCUAUUGCAUGCAAUGUAGUUGGAGUGAAUGAAGUUGAGUCAACAGAGCAAUCAAAUGAGACCAACAGUUCCACGGCAACAGCUGCAGUCUCAGGACCAGCACCCAAUACAGACUCUCGAAGCUUCUGGCAUGGCCAUCGCUUCCUCAAUUUUCUCCUUGCUUGCAUGGUAUUUGCAUUUGUCAUAUCAUGGCUCUUUCACUUCAAUGUGCCAUCAUCCUAAAAUUCUGUAGCACAGUUCUUGAACAAAAUUGAAAGAAUGAAAAAUAAAGAAGCAAUGGGAUAGUCUAGAAAGUCUUGUGAUGGUUAAUAGGUAUUUUAUACACCCCUUCUUCUCCAUACAUGUAGAAAAUUUGUUAUAUCUAAUAUAUGCACUUUCAUCAUAAUUAUCAAAUCCAUGUCUUGCAUUAGUACGUAAGCAAUCACUCUAUCUCGUUUUAGAAGACUUCUGUAUAAAUCGAUAUUGUUGCUUUAUUGUUGUUGCA